GGAGGCGAAAACUUGCAUAAAAACUCUCACUGAUUUGGGAAAUUCAAAAUAUAUAUUCAAUAAUUUGGGGAAUUUGGUGUUUCGGGUUGGCAAAGCGGCAAAAACCACGCUAUAACCUCACAUUUACUCGCGCAAUGUAUUCUGUUUUACACAAGAAGGAGAAUGCGCACGAGGAAAGCAUUUGGAGUUGUGCGUGGGGCCGGUACACCACUGAAAAAAAGAAAAAAGACCAGAAUGAAGAGGAAAAGUCCCGAGAUUCGGUGAUGUCGGACGAGCCUCCCGUUGAUUACAUCAUAACGGGAGCUCUAGACGAUCUGGUAAAAGUGUGGGAAUUGCAAGACGAUAGACUUGUUUUGAAACAUAACUUAGAAGGGCAUUCGUUGGGGGUUGUCUCCGUUGCCGUUAGCAACAACGGGAAAUUGUGUGCUUCCAGUUCGUUAGACUCAAGUAUGAGGAUUUGGGACUUGGAAAGGGGGAAAAAAAUCGCGCAUGUUGAUGUGGGUCCGGUUGAACUGUGGACUGUAGCGUUCAGUCCUGACGACAAGUACAUUAUUUCCGGCUCACACGCUGGAAAAAUCACGGUUUAUAACGUGGAAACGGCCAAAGCUGAACAAACUUUAGAUACGAGAGGCAAAUACAUUUUGAGCAUAGCUUAUAGUCCUGACGGUAAAUACAUAGCUAGUGGGGCUAUUGACGGCAUUGUUAAUAUUUUUGACGUGGCGGGAAAUAAACUAUGGCAAACCCUUGAAGGCCAUGCUAUGCCAAUCAGAUCUCUUUGUUUUUCUCCAGAUUCUCAACUACUUUUGACUGCGUCAGAUGACGGCCAUAUGAAACUUUACGACGUGCAACAUACUAAUGUUGUUGGUACCUUGUCAGGGCACGCUUCUUGGGUCGUAAGCGUUGCAUUUUCUCCAGAUGGUAAAUAUUUCGUGUCAGGAAGUUCCGAUAAAACUGUUAAAGUUUGGGAAUUGGCCUCUAAACAAUGUGUUCAUACGUUCAAGGAACAUAAUGAUCAAGUUUGGGGUGUUAGGUUUAGUCCAGAUAGUACCAAAAUUGUUUCAGUGUCUGAAGAUAAGAGUAUAAAUGUUUACAGCUGUCCAGUUUAGUUUACACUUCGUAAUUUAUUAAUUAAUUGAUUUAGUGAAGUGUAUUGCUUAAACACCUAGUUGUAUAAUUUUUUUUAUAAUAAAGCUAUUUUUACAUCCA